UAACGUUGAAGAGGUCAGAUGCAACUAAGAACCAUUCAGAAUUCAGAAUAGUAAUUUUGGAGAAAGUUUCAGCCAAGAAAGAAUCUUUGUCAAUCUAAUGGACAAUUCUUUCGUCGAACAUGCAGAUGAGCUGGCAAUGUACGGCUGUUUGUAUGGAAUUUUGUGAAGCUUAGGUAUCCAAUACAAACAAGGAUAUAAUGGAAACACGAGUAGGCUUUGUAGCUGUUGAUUAUGUUGUCUUUGCUAUUUCUGUCGCCAUUUCUAUAAGCAUUGGAAUUUUUCAAGCUAUGGCAGGAGGAAAGCAAAAAACAACAUCUGAAUAUCUGGUUGGAAACAGACAAAUGAGUGUUAUUCCUGUGACAUUAUCUUUGAUUGUGUCCUUUGAAUCGUCCAUCAUGAUGUUGGCCUAUCCAGCUGAAGUAUACACAUAUGGAAUCAUGUUUGUAAUGAGUAGUAUUGGUUUCCUGCUGGCAGUACUCUUAGGAACAAGAAUAGUGGUACCAUUGAUUCAUCCAUUAAAAAUAACAAGUUUAUAUGAGUAUUUAGAAUUAAGAUAUAAAAGCAAAGCCGUGCGGUUAUUGGGUACACUGUUAGGAAUGCUAUCAAAUGUAGUUUAUAUGGCAUUUGUAUUGUAUGGUCCUGGGUUAGCCAUCGAAGCAGUUACGGACUUUCCACUUUGGGCAUCUGUACUCUGUAUAUCGACAGCAUCUGUAUUGUACACAGCUAUUGGAGGAUUAAAGGCUGUGAUAUGGACAGAUGUUUUCCAGUGCUUUAUUAUGUUUACUGGAGUUUUUGCAGUAUUAUUUAAGGGAACAUAUGACGCUGGUGGACCUCGAGAGGUAGUUAAUAUUUCAUCGCGAACAGGGAGGAUGAAUUUUUUUAACUUUGACUUGGACCCAACAGUUCGUCAUACGUUUUGGGGAUUAGUAGUAGGAUCAGCAAUACGUUUGAUAAACAUGACUUUCUCCCAGCCAACAGUUCAGCGAAUAUGUGCGCUAGAGAAACAAAAAGAUGCAAACAAAAUGCUGUUCGUAUCAGGGCCUGCAUUUCUUUUAACCUUAUCACUAGCAUGCGGUGAAGGGCUUGUAGCAUAUGCGUACUUUACCUCUCAGGGAUGCGAUCCUAUUGCCUCUAAAGACAUUAAGAAAGCAGAUCAGAUUAUGCCGUACAUGGUGUUUCAUAUCUUUAGAGACACACCUGGAAUGGCAGGAUUAUUUAUGGCAGCAGUUUUCAGCGCAUCUUUGAGUACAUUGUCAUCGUUAUUGAACAGUAGUGCUGCCAUGGCAGAAGAAGACAUUAUAAGACAAAUUUUUAAAAAUAUUUCUGAUCAUAAAGCUACAAUCAUUGCCAAGAUUUCAGUGGUUUUCUUUGGAGCACUUGGUGUUGGUCUUACAUACUUUCUGAAGAAUGUCAAAGGAAUCAUUUCUCAGAUAAGCACUAGUUUUACAUCAGCCAUCAGUGGGCCAGUUACUGGACUGUUUUUGUUUUCUGCAUUUUAUCCGUGGGGAACCAAAAGGAGUGCUAUUAUUGGUACUUUGGUGAGUGUUGCGCUAGUAUUCUGGCUUACCUUAGGACAAGCAAUGUCAAAGUCACUUCGUAGAGCAAUACCACUUUCUUCAGGACCAACAGAUCAGUGCUACCAUAAUUCAUCGAUGAUAAGUGUGCAUGGUGUUUCCAAUUCUACAGUAGGAUAUUCAUAUUUUACAACAGAAGAUCCACUUUCUGUUGAGUCAACAGAACCGCAAGGUUUAGAUAAAUACUAUUCUAUAUCAUACCUAUGGAUAAAUGUUUUGGGACAAGCAUUUACUUUAUUUUUUGGGAUCAUAGCAAGCCUUAUUGAAGGUGUACCAUCAUCCGAAUCUGUAGAUGUGAGAUUUGUUUUACCAUUUUUUGACCAAUUCUUUCCUUGUAUCCCAAAACGAAUUAGGAAAAGACUUUAUUUUGGAGUUCCUUUUGAUAAGAGAGAAAUUAUGUUGGAAACGUAUGGUAAAGACGAAACAGACGUGGCUACACUGAAUAAUCUUGGAAAAAAGAAUGAAUCUUCAAAAAUAGAACUGUUAUCUUUUCAAAAGGAAGAUAAGUUUCGUACAGAUGAAGAAAAAACGGUCAUUUAAGUUUGAUUUAUACGAGUUCAGACUCAACGUAACCCCAUGGUUCUUCUCACAAGACAGAUAUUUUGUAUACACAUAAUAAUAAAAGUGCAUAAUAUACAUUCAAUUCUAUAGAGUAGUUUAAUACAAAAUUUCAAUCCUGCUAUCUAUGAUGAGUUUAUUUGUAUGUGUGUUUGUGUGUGUGGUUUUAUAAUGCAUGAACAAAAUGACUGUGUCACUUCAGAUCACUCAUGAUGAACUGGGUUAAUUUUUUAACCCAAAAACAAACAAAUAAAAGUUUUACAACUUCUAGAACUA